AUGAAAGAUCGAAAUGAUGUACUAAUUUGUACUGGUUACAGACAUCCACUGGCGUUUAUUAUGGUCCCAUUUUUUAUAACUUGUCUACUUGGAACGGGAAUAAUCCUCAAAUUUAAAAUUGUAAGGGGUGUACACUAUUUGUACACGCCGCUUGAUGCCCAAUGGAAGCUGGAGAAUAGAGUGUUCCAGGAAUUCUGGGCCAGUCAGGAUGAUCUCUAUUAUCCAGGAAAAGACGUAUUUCGCCGUAAAAGCGUUUUCCUGCUAAUUGAGGCCAAAGACGGUGGCAGCGUGCUGAGGCCAGCCUACGCCAGCGAAUUUAUGAAUCUGCUGGACUGGCUUGCUAAUGAAACGUUCGUUACCAGCGAUGGAAUCCAGUACACCUAUCGCAACAUAUGCCUUCAUUACCACCGCGAGUGUUUCCAAAACUCACACGCGCGAUUUAUCGCAGACACAUUUCGUUGCGGUGACCAGGUGCUUGCAGCAAAAUUUUUAUAG